UACCGAGAAACACGUGAUUGCGUUCGCGAACUCUUGCAAACGCCGCUCAGAGUACACAGCGUUACGCCGAGCCACGAAUUUCGUCGCGAGUAUUUAUCUUCUUUCCGUCCUGCCCUGUGUUCGCUAUUUCAACAGUGUUCUCGCGGUGGAAGUCUGUCUCUAGUAUCACAACGCACCAUAACUGUGUCGUGAACAACAAUCGCCGAAUUCGCAAAUACACAGAGGCUAUUUGGCCGUCACUGAUCAAUCGUACUAAGAAACGACACUCAGCUAGGCCGAAGAAGAAUCGCUGAAUUGAUGCUACUGUAAUAAGAGGAGGAACUGAGAGAAAAACGAUGGAGAUUCUGGGAGUGAAAUUCGCUCCGUUAAGAGUACCAUUAAAUCGAAGAUUAGAAACCCUCUCAGUCGCGCUUUGGAUCCUAAUUUGCGCACUUGGAUAUUUCGUGGGAUAUAUUCUCACCGCCUAUUUUCUUUUCUUCACCCAAACCAUGCGCUACUUCAUAUUGCUUUACUUCAUCUGGAUGUAUUACGAUUGGAACAAGUUCGAUAUAGGCAAAAUACGGCGAAAAUUCCUGCAAUGGAUUAGAAGCUGCGCGUGGAACCGAUACUUCUGUAACUACUUUCCUAUAAAAUUAGUGAAAACCACUGAUUUGGAUCCGAACAAGUUGUAUUUAUUCUGUAGUUUCCCGCAUGGGAUCCUACCGACAGGAGUUUAUGGUGCAUUCGGAACAGACAUCCUCGGCUGUAGAGAACUUUUCCCGGGUCUCGAAUUUAGGAUCGUCAUACUUGAUGUUUUCUAUAAGUCGCCGUUUUUCCGCGAGUAUUUUCGCUCCUGCGGCGGCCUUGCUAGUACUCCAGAGUGCAUGAAUCAACAACUAUCGACAAGACCUUCGCCACCGUACACCGGAAAGGCGACGGUUCUGAUUCCCGGCGGAGCGGCAGAAGUAUUCGAAUGUAAGCCGGGCACUUACCGCAUCCUGAUAAAAAGGAGGAAAGGCUUUGUAAAGCUCGCGCUGCAAAAUGGAAACGCUCUGGUUCCUGUCUGUUCAUUCGGAGAAACGGAUACUUUCGAUCAAUUUUCCUGGCCAGAUGGCUCGUUCGUGAAGAGACUACAGGAGUACAUUCGUAAGAAAAUCGGUAUACCGCCGGUUCUACUGGUUGGUCGGGGAUUCUUCCAAUACACUUUCGGUCUUAUCCCUCGACGGAAACCAGUUACUGUCGUUGUCGGCAGUCCGAUGGAGUUACCAAAGAUAGAAGAACCAACGAGAGAACAAGUCGAGGAAUAUCACGAGAAAUUCGUCAAGCACCUGAAGAAGCUUUUCGAGAACGAAAAAUACAAGUACAUCGAGAACGCGGAUUCGGUGCAUCUUGAGUUCGUAUAGCGAUACUAGUAAAUAACGAUCAUUUAUAACGGAUAUAUUCGCAAUUGUUGUUCAAAAAACCAAGGAACUGCUCAAUUGCUUACACUUGUAGGGACUUCUGGGAGCUUAUAUAUAAAAGUGAUAGAAAUAAGCGGUUAAAUGGGGUGGUAAAUUAUAAUCACUUGCAUAUCAUACAAGUCUUUUACCUUUC